CCUCUCCCUGCGCAUGCGUUGUGGGCUCAUCGAGAUGUAAACAAAGACGAGAAUAACGAUUGGGAUGAACAAGUACCUCAGAGUCUAUAUAUAAUCUAACAGAGAUGAGUUCCUCCUCGGACGACGAUAGCCACAUGAUUGUGAAGGAAGAGGACGUAGGGGAUGACAUGGACCUCUGGGAGUCUCAGCCACGGAGGUCGGCCUUUUCCCCCUAUAGGCCAGUAACUGUGCUGACGAACUUGCAACGAGGCAACAUUCAGACUCACACCCCCCAGGUGGAGCCUGAGGACUUCACCCUCCACAUCCGCUCAGCUAUGGGGGAGCUCUCAGCUGAUGACCUAAGAGACGUGGAUGUAGAUGAAUUGGACGGCAAUGGCUUCUCCCCAAUCAUGUGGGCAGCAUCUUACGGACAGCUCCCCACCGUCAGGCUCCUCAUUCAGAACAGGGCCAAGGUUGACAUGGAGGGGGAAGAUGGAGAGACUGCUUUGCUUCUCUCCUCUGCCAACGGCCACCAUGAGAUUGUCAAGCUACUAAUCAGCUGUGGAGCCAAUCCUAAUCAUGUUGAUCAUAUGGGGAACACUGCACUUAUGUAUGCUGCUCAUAACGACCACUCACACUGUGCCAAUGAGCUGCUUGAACACGGGGCAGAUUUAUCAACAACUAAUGUAGCUGGUAUCACUGCCUUCCACAUUGCUGUGACUCGGGGAAGCAAGCAAGUUCAGCUCAUCAUGGAAAGGCAGUUGUUGAAACUAGUGGAACCUUCUUGAGUGUUUGUGCAUGCCAAGCAUUUGUGAAUAUCAGCCCAAGAGGAAUUUUGAUUGCCAUAAGACCUGGCUGUCAUGCACUACAAAAACUUUGUUUCAAAGAAGCGAGUUGAGUUUUGUGCCAUGAAUAUUUUUUGGUAUUACAUAUAGAUAUUUCUUCUCAUUUUUAUGUGUGAUAGAGUUCCCAUUUACAUUCUAGAUAACUUUCUCUUCACAACUUACAUGAAUAUAUUUAGCAUUACUGGCUCAUUUUACAAUAUACUCUUGUAAUCUGAUUUUUUUUUUCUCCAAAAUACAUGAUGUAUAUUCCAUCAUCAGUUUUAUAUUAUUUUAAGAGUUUAUUCUUUUAACUUUAAAGCUUUUUUAAAAACAGAAAGUAGUAUUCAUGAGAUGUAUUGUAUGCUGAAAUCUUGAUUAAGUAUAUUAAUUUGGUGCUUCCACUUGUUCUCAAUAAUUUGUAUAUUACAGAGGUAAAUAUAUUUUUCAAUGUAGA